GGUGUGUAUUGACUUCUGUUAGAGUAUAUUAGUGGUCAAGAUUAUGACAUGUGUCAUUGGAUUAUAUGAGUUGAGAUAGAUAGGUCAACAUGUAUUUAUAGUGAAAUAUCUCUUGUAAUAAGGUAGCAACUGAAAUAAUAAAUCAGUUAGAAAAGUUUCCCUCUCUUUUGAGCUUUCUCUCUUUCUCUCUCUAGUUGUUCCUGAUCUCUCAAAGAACUGCGGUCUCAAUUGAAAGUUGAAGAAGAUACGUUGAAUGAAGUCACUAAGCAAGUUCCUCUCAUGUCUGCUAUGUUGGCUCAUAAUUCUCCAUCUGCAUAUGACACUGGAGGUGUAUCUGGUACUAAGGAAGGUUCAUCUGGCAGCUAUUUUGGCCUUGCUUCUAGCCCUCAGUCACCAUAUUCCUAUGUGCCUCUUCAACAACCUCCUCAGUUCUUACCUAUUCCUUUCUCACAACCCUUUUCAAAGCAACAAUUACCCUAUCCUCAGUUUCAACAACUUCCUUUUCCUGGACCCUUGGCCUUUGUCUCUCAAAGUGGUUCAGGUACAUACAAUAAUUUCAGAGGCAAUAAUUUCAAACACAAAGGGAAAGGCAAGAAGUUUUUUCAGGGUAAUCAAGGAAAUCAAGGACAGUUUCCACAACAGUUCUCAUUUGGUGGAAAUCAGUACUCACCUCAGUCUCAAUCGCAUUCAGCAUCAGGACCACAACACCAAAUGAUCUCUCCACAGAGUUAUCAACCAAUGCAGAAGUGUCAAAUUUGUGAUAAAAAGGGUCACUCUGCUAUCAAUUGUUUUCAACAUGGUUGUCAGAUUUGCCAUAGAGUGAGGCAUACGGCUGCAACUUGUUUUGACAGAAAUAAUUCUUCAGCUCCGGGAUAUCAGUCAUCACAGCAGUAUUAUCAACCACCUUUUCCACAGUUCCAGUCUCAACAGCCUCCAGCCUCACACCAGUCUAUGAAUUUCAAUGGUCAGUCAUCUGGCAUGCAUUUCAAUGGUCAGUCCUCUGGCAUGAGUGGUUCUUCUCAUUCUCCUGUGGCUAUGAUGGCUCAAGCUACAUCUACUCCAUCUGCACCCCAACAAGAGUUCUGGCUUCUUGACUCCGGCGCUACUCAUCACAUGACCUCUGAUAUUUCUAAUCUUCAGAUGGCCUCUCCUUAUCCUCAUACGGAUACUGUCACUGGUGCUAGUGGUGAAGGACAAGAUCACUGAGAGAAUAUUGUUCCAAUGACUGAGUAAUCAUGUCGUUUAUCCUCUUCCUGUGCUUCCAACAUCAAAGGUCUUACCAGCAGCAUUUCUUGGUCAAAAGGUGUCUUCUUCAUUGUGGCACCGUCGCAUGGGUCAUCCUACUAAUCACAUAGUUAAGCUAGCUCUUAGUAAGUUUGCCAUUCCUUUCCAUUGUACUGCACCAUCUCAGCCUUGUACUCCCUGUUUGGAAGGAAAGUUUACUAAACUUCCUUUUCCUUCUCCUGCUUCAAAAUCUGUACUUCCUUUUGCAGUUAUACAUUCUGAUGUAUGGGGGCCUGCACCUUGUAUGUCUAUUGAGGGGUAUAGAUAUUAUGUCUCUUUCAUAGACGAAUGUACUAGGUAUACAUGGAUUUUUCCAAUCAUCAAUAAAGCUGCUGUCUUUGGUCA